UCCAGGAACCCCCCGCUCAGUUCCCUGUCCCCCACUCUCCCAACCCCGCAGACGCUCCGGGCCCUAGCCCCUGGCCCAGCUAUGGCUCCUGGGGCUCCCUCGUCCAGCCCCAGUCCUAUCCUGGCUGCGCUGCUCUUCUCCUCUUUGGUGCUCCCCCUGGCCCAGGCCAUUGUGGUUUACACGGACAGGGAGGUCCACGGUGCGGUGGGCUCCCGGGUGACACUGUACUGCUCCUUCUGGUCCAGCGAGUGGGUCUCAGAUGACAUCUCCUUUACGUGGCGCUACCAGCCUGAGGGGGGGCGUGACGCCAUCUCGAUCUUCCACUAUGCAAAAGGACAACCCUACAUUGACGAGGUGGGGACCUUCAAAGAGCGCAUCCAGUGGGUAGGGGACCCUCGCUGGAAGGAUGGCUCUAUUGUCAUACACAACCUGGACUAUAGUGACAAUGGCACCUUCACUUGCGACGUCAAGAACCCACCAGACAUAGUGGGCAAGACUUCUCAGGUCACACUCUAUGUCUUUGAAAAAGUGCCAACCAGGUACGGGGUAGUACUGGGAGCCGUGAUCGGGGGUGUCAUAGGGGUGGUGCUGUUGCUGCUGCUGCUUUUCUACCUGAUUCGGUACUGCUGGCUGCGCAGACAGGCGGCCCUGCAGAGGAGGCUCAGCGCCAUGGAGAAGGGGAAAUUGCAUAAGGCCGGGAAGGACUCCUCCAAGCGCGGCCGGCAGACGCCGGUGCUGUACGCCAUGCUUGACCACAGCAGAAGCACCAAAGCGGCCAGUGAAAAGAAAGCCAAGGGGCUGGGGGAGUCUCGCAAGGAUAAGAAAUAGCGGUUAGCGGGCCGGGCGGGGGGUCGGGGGGCAGGGGCGGAGCCCGCCAAAGGCCCUCAGGUGGUGGUCAUUGAGAUGGAGCUACGGAAGGAUGAGCAGAGCUCGGAACUCCGGCCUGCGGUCAAGUCCCCCAGCAGAACCAGCCUCAAGAACGCCCUCAAGAACAUGAUGGGCCUGGACUCGGACAAGUGACCACCCCCCCGGGCCCUGCCAGAGCAGGGGGACCUAGGCUCCUCUUAGCCCCCGUCUAGGUGCUUUCCUCCUUAGCUCCCCAGCCCCGCCCUGCCCUGAGCUUUGAGAUGUAAGUUUCAUUCCAAGUUCAUCCCUCCCGCACCUCCUACUUUCCCCACCUUCGUUCCCUGGCUUGCUGGGAGCCCAGGGCCCGACCCCCACCCUUCACCGGCCCCAAGGACUGUGUGUUUGGUGCCUAUCCCUCCGGCACCGAGAAGAAAGGGACCUUGACACCCCGUGCCCCAAGCCCCAGGCCACCUGGCCUUUCCAUCCCUUGCAGUGCCCGGCCUGUCCCUCGGCUUUUCUUUCCCAGCCUCCCUCCCCUCCACCAGGUGGCCCAGCUCCACACUGUGCUCCUCCCAGCUAACACCCAGACCACCCGGACCGGACUCUCCUUCAGGGUUGAUUUAGGUUCUUAGGUAUUUUUUAUUUUUUAAUCCAUUCCUUUUUGUUUGUUUGCCUGUGCCCUCCCCCAUGACUGAGUACCAAUGACGUCAUGUGGUUUUUGCAAUUUCCCCCACUCCCCCAUUAAAUCCUUAAUGGAGAGCCUGCCGAGCAGAGGGGCCCCUGCCGCUCAGUCCUCAACUACAGGGUUGGUGCCCCUGACCGCUUUGGAGCACUGUUCCGGACUCAAGGUCGUGGGGAAGGAGAGGCAGAGAGGGGCCAAGAUUCCUCUUGUCCAAGGGAUUGGGGAGGGGCCAAUUAAGUUAGGAAUGGUUUUUAAACAACCAAAGAGAAAGGAGAAACAGAUGGGAAAUGGUGGGGGGAGGGGGGAGGCUGCACUCCCAGCCAGAGGGGAUUGUUAGGAUUUUUCUACAUUCUGUAUAUUUCUUCUCAAAGCCCCAGUGUCCUUAAAUGUUUAAUAAACACUGACAUUUCCAGAA